UUUCUGUCUAAAGCGGUACAAUGUUGCGAUCGCAAGGGGUUAAAGCUGUUCACACGAGCGCAUCGCCGUGUCCAGGAAAGCGAUGAAGACCUACUUGGACAGCGCAAACUGGAAGACGACAUAUCAGACAAAUCCAGACAGGACCUAAAGCGAAAGGCGUAUGCCAAGCACAUAGCUAUUGUGCUUUGGGUGGAAAAAAGUACUGCAUCUUUUUUUUUAUAAUUUUUUUCACUAUGGAUAUUUUUAACUGAUCAGAGACUGUGCAACUUAUUAGACUACAUACAUGGACUUUAUUUUAAUUGUAUUUGUUCAUUCUAUAACAUUGCUUCCAUAAUACUUUCUCCAGCCAUGGCAUGACGCCGAAGAUGCUGAGAUUUUAUCAAGUAGGACCCGGGAGACAAUAAAGUCACCUUGUACUAUGAAAAAAACGUGAUUUUUAUUUUUUAUAAUUUGCGCAUCACUGACUGACAAAGAACUUAAGGUCUAGCUUAAGAAAUCUGAUUCUUCCAUGAUUUUAUUCAGUUUCAAUGAAGUUUCUAAAUCAUCGCAUGGAAGAUCAGAGUGCAUCCUUGCAUGAAGUCUGGAUUUGUUCUUGCGCUGAGAACAUUCUCAUUUGGGACGAGCCUGAUCCGUUUCUGAAACGAUCCCUGAAGCGAAACGAAGACUCGUGACUCGUCUUUCCGCGCUUUCUUUCUUUUUUUUUUUGUGCCCUGAUAGAAUGAGAAGUUUCCUUUUUAAUGUGCUUUGUCUCCUAGGCUGCGCGCUGUCCGUGCGCUGCACGCCCGCGCCGGACUCCGAGGCGCACACGACGGCGUCGCGCGAUUCGUGCGCGUCGUGCGGUCUGUCGCAGCCUGCCGACUCGGGCAGGAUGGACGCGGAAUUCGUUGAGGCGGUCAAGAGGCACAUCUUGACCAAGCUGCAGAUGAGGGAGAGACCCAACAUCACUCAGCCCAUACCAAAGGCGGCCAUGGUGACCGCGCUGCGAAAGCUGCACGCCGGGAAGGUGCGUGAGGACGGCAGGGUCGAGAUCCCCGACGUGGACGGGCACGCAAGUCACGCCAAUGACGUCGAGGAGGAAACGUCAGAAAUCAUCACUUUUGCGGAGACAGACGAUUUGCUGUCUUCGAAGUCUAGCCUUUUCUUCAUCAUCUCCAAUGAAGGCAACCAGAACCUCUAUGUGUCUCAGGCAAACCUGUGGCUGUACUUUAAACUUCUGCCUAGUUUGUUGGAGAAGGGCACUCGAAGGAAGGUCAUGGUCAAGGUGUACUAUCAGGAACCAGGGCUGGGCAGCAAGUGGAACCUGGUGGAGAAGCGUGUGGAGCUGAAACGCAGCGGCUGGCACACGUUUCCUCUUACUGAUGCUGUGCAACUAGUGUUUUCCAAAGGCACAAGAAGGCAGAACCUGGACAUUCGGUGCGAAGGCUGCGAGGGGGCAGGCGUUCUGCCUGUGUUGGUGAACUCGGGCGAUGAAUCGCACCGACCGUUCUUGGUCGUGCAGGCACGUGCAACAGACAGCAAUCACCGCAUCCGCAAACGUGGCCUGGAGUGUGACGGUACCAACGGCCUUUGCUGCCGCCAGCAGUUCUACAUUGACUUCCGUCUUAUCGGCUGGAACGACUGGAUCAUUGCGCCAUCGGGCUACUAUGGCAACUAUUGUGAAGGAAGCUGCCCGGCUUACAUGGCUGGCGUUCCAGGGUCAGCGUCGUCAUUUCACACCGCUGUAGUGAACCAGUACCGUAUGAGGGGGAUGAGUCCAGGCUCUAUGAACUCCUGCUGUAUCCCCACCAAACUCAGCACCAUGUCUAUGCUAUAUUUCGAUGAUGAGUAUAACAUUGUCAAGCGUGACGUCCCCAACAUGAUCGUAGAAGAGUGUGGAUGUGCUUGAGCUAAGACUCCUAACUCUGUACACAUUCACAGAUGGAACAAAUUAUUGUAAAAUUAUAUUUAUGAACAGCUGGGUAAACCGUCACCUUGAUGUCCACACCCACAAACACACAUGCAUGCACAAAUCUUUUGUACAUAUAUUUAUGUUGGUUAAUAUCUUCCUGGUAGACUCAUUUAUAUGUGAUACAGUCUUAUUCUCAGAGCACAGGUUUGUACAGUAGGUGUCGAUGUCAAAGGGAUGAGAAAGUUGUGUUACAGGUUAUUGCCGUUUCUUCGCUUCUCUCCUCUAAAAUGGUCGUGUUGGGAAAUUGAGAUGAGAGGAGACUUAGAAAAGGGUCUUUUUCCCAGCAUUUCUUAACUAUGCCUCUUUCACUGUAUACAAAAGCACUGACCAACUCCCCAUUUACUCCUUUCAACAGCAGCACUUCGAAUAACCACUCCAUUGGAAAACACGACAACCAGUCUAUUUAAGAGUCUCCAUCAAGCAGUAUUCAUCUGUCAGACUGUGUCAAACAACUCAACCAUAUAUCUCAAAGACAUGCUGCAUUCUUAAGUACUCAUGUUAACAGGUCUUAAUACAGCAGGGCAUGAGUAGGCAUUUUGACAUUAUCUAGUACAAGGGCUUUUUAUAAAGCUGGAGACAUUAUGUUAGUUUUUUGUGAUGCUUCAGUCCUGGCUAGAGCAUAUGCUUAUACAUAUAAAACAUUAUCUGUGCAUGGAGUGAAGGGAAUUACAUGUCUGUCAGUAUGUGUUGGUUACAGUGCUGUUUGCAGAAAAAAAAACCUUCCGAAAGUACUUAAAAGAACAGUAAUAUUUAAUAUUUCUACUCUCAAGUUUCCAUGUUUCAGCUGGCUAGGGGUGCAGCAUCUAACUCACAAAAUAAUAAUAAUAAUAAUAAUAAUAAUAAAAGAACAUAAAUGCACAUUUUAUAGCACUUGCUAAAUAAAAUGCCUUUAAAGGGUACCAAGUGACACGCCUGUGCUCGCUCACAAUCCUUUUUUCAAAUAAGUGCCGCAUGAACUAUGCAAUGUAUAGUACCGACCCAUUUCAGACAAACUAGCUCCUAGGCGUAAACUAUCUUUCAAUACUUGAAAUGUCUUUCGCUUCCUUCUCUGAAUGAAUGGUUGUUUAUGACGUUUGCACUGAAAAAGUCACAUUAUGAGUAAAUGAAAAGAAAAAAAAAAAUUGCCAUUGAAAUAAAGGUUAUUUUUAUAGACGUAAAAUAAAUUCUGUUCAAAUGUAUUAUACGGAAUCGUGGAACCAAAGAGGCCAAGAUUUUUCUUUAGCUAUUAUAAGAUGGCAAGACCAUCGCAUUGUUAUGUAAAAUACUUUUUUUUUUUGGAUCAUGUAGAAGGCCUAAACACUGUAUCAGGGUACCAUAUUAUGGAUUCCAUUUUCAGCUCAAUUUUCUUUCUUUGUUAUUUUGUACAGUAGAUAAAUGGAAUAUUUCAUAUUUUUUCAUCAACUUUAAUAUUUUGUUUUUUUUUUGGUUUUCUAUUUAAUACUUCUAGUUCCUUUUGCAGAACCAUUUAGAAUCAAAUACGUGCCACCUCUGUACAGCGUAUGUAAGAUAAAGAAUGAUUUUAAAUAUUUUGUUCUUUGUAACUGUUAUAAAUAAAUUC